AUGUCACUGUCUUGGAGGCCAGAAGCUUGGCUCAAUCCCUGCAGAAGUAGAAGAGCGAAACAAGACGAAGAAGACAAAGAAGAAGAAGAAGAAGAAGAAGAAGAAGAAGAGCGAACCGAUCAUCUGGAGCGCGAGAAGGAAGAGGUUCUGCUACUAAAGGGUUUAGUGGAGCACGGGGCUAAAAAUCCAGACUUUGAUUGGGAUAAGUUUUUGAGUUACGCUCAAGGCUCUGGUAAAGAAAAGCUCACGGAAGAUGAAAUGAGAAGCAAAAUCGGAGAGCUUCAAAGGAAGUAUCUUUACUUCCUCUGGAGCCAUAUUGAUGAAUCGCAGGACCAGAAAGGUGGCUCCGAGGAGACUAUGAGUGCCUUAAACGAAAAUGGAGCUGAGCAGACAGAGGAGGGCAGGACCGUUGGAGAAGAGAGCCGUGAAGACGAUGGUGAUGAUGAGAAAGCGGUCACUGGAGAAGUGGGAAAGAAGAGGGUCGAUGCUGUGAUGAUUGAUAAAACCCCACUGGUCAUCAUUACCCCACAAGUAACACCGAUAGCAAGAGGAUCUGUUUCACCUGUAACAAAAGGAAAUAAAUCCUCUGAAAAUGGUUUGGGAAAUGAUUCAACUCCACCCAAGUUGCCUGAAGUGGAGAAUAGCCAAGAUGAGAGUAGAAAAAGGAAAAGAGGAGAAAAACUGAAUGAAACUGCUUUGCCUUUUGAAAAGAACAAGUCUCCGUAUUGGAAGACAUUGGGGAGUCGCAAAUCCAUACCUCACUUUAGGCCAUUGCUCGAAGCUAGAGAAGAUAUCCGUGAGUGGGCAGCGGUUGGAAUGAUGGUGAGCUAUUACGGUUUACUAGAGCAAGUCAGAGACCUGAAACCGAAUGAUUCCACAAGCACAUUCGACAGACUGUGUGUUUCCUUUGCCGAGCUAGGGAAGCAUGGUUUUGACAUUGCAGAGCCUCAGUCACGGAUCGUGAAGGUGUUGUCACUCAAAGAUGGGCUUGCAAAGAAAGCCGAGGAAAGGAACAAGCUUGAAGAGGCAGCGAGGGAGAAGCGCAAGGCAGAAGAAGAAAUGGCUGAGUUACAACGGGAGAUCCUUGAGCUGCAGAGACGAGGUGCGAUUGCGCAAGAGGAGAAGAAAGCUGCUGAGAAAAUGAUGCUUGAAAUGAAAUCAAACGCAGAGACGAUUGAGCGAGAGAUUGAAGAAAUGGAGGAGACGUUGAAUGCCGAUGAGCAAGCAGUUAACGCAAGUUUAAGUGAAAACCAGAAGAAGAUUCAUCUUGAGAAGAUGAUGAAGAACAUUGGGGAUGUGCAAAGAAGAGAGCUGAGCGAUGAGUGGAAAGUUUUAUGCUCCGAGGAAGCAAGACUUAUGUCAAGAAGCUUAAGUUUACGGCUAAGUUUGCAGAGGCUGCAAACGAUGGAUGAGAACAAGAAAGCAAUAGCAAGCAUUUUGGUGAUGUGA